AGCUAGAAAAUAUAGUUCCAUUUCUGCGUGGCAUACCCAAGUAACGAAGAUGUACAACGAUAGCAAACGCUUCCAGAGUCGCAAUCAGGGAUUAUUCUGCGAUGAACCGCAUCCCGUCGGCUUGCUGCCGGAGGUGGCUGCCGUGCGCAGUGAGAUGGAAAAAUGUUUCCCCUAUUCUAUACUGACCAAGAAGCACCAACUAAUGCAGGCUGUUGGUGGGUCUGGUGGUGCGCCAGCGGUUUCAAAUGUUGGAAAACCUUCACCACCUCCUGCACCGAUCGCAGCGAGCUAUCUGAGCCCUGCAUUGUUACCGGUGGUUGCAACAGCCGGUUUAAGAGAAUGUACAACGUCGGUGGGUGUGCUAAAUCCCGGUGCUGUGACUACUGCCGCAAGCUCAACCACGACCAGUGCUUUUGAACCGAUUGCGGAUGUAAAUGGAUUUUACGGCAAUGCGAUGGUGACCGAUGUGGGUAUUUGCUUCAGCAUGAGUAAUGUAAGCCUUAACGGACACCCUCCGACAAUUCCACUCGCUACGUGUACGGAUGUGCCAAUGGGACCGACGGCAUGUCCACCACAGGCAGCUCAUUUGCGAUUAAACUCACCGAAACGUUCUGCGUGCGAGAGACGAAAAUCAUACGAAGAUCCAGGACCAGAAACUGCAUUGUUGAAUGCCCGGCGGCGAGCCGCAGCGUUCGUACCCGUGUCGGCGAACGGUCGGUUUAAUCCGAGAAGCAUUCUAGGAACGGCGGCUCAACCAUCCCCCAGUUCCGUUGCCACACAUCAUCGACAGCCAUCUUUCUUUCCCGCAUCAACGGUGUAUCCUUUGGCACAUCAUCCCACGGCUGCCGGUAUCCCGGUAUUGCCAAAGCAACCGAAGCAACUGCCGAACGCGCACCCAGUGCAUCAACCACUGCCACGACAGCGUUCGCUUGGAAUGGUGGGUAAAAGUGCUUACGGUAUUGUUCGAUCGACUAGCUCGGAUCGGGUGCGUGGUACAGGUUCGCCUUCGAGCAACCCUGUUGGCAGUUCGUCGACGUUGGGCACGUUAGGCCUGGGCAUGACUCGAUCUUCUCCGCCAUAUUUUAAGCAACCACCCGGUGGCUCGAAAGCAAACUCGGUAAACUAUUACCAGGCUCCAGCUGCUGCACCCAGUUCUGUUAUGUCGGCCAACCCUUCACCAUACGGUAGUUCAGUUGGGAACCAUGUAUUAACGACCAACAUAAAUCAAGGACACCAUGUGCCAACCGGUGGUGUAUAUCAUCAUCGUGGAAACGUUCUGAAAUGUCUUCCCCUGUCGAACGGAAUACCUCUUGCCGGAGGGUCUCCCGCAACAGCUGCCGGGUAUGAAUACUAUAGGUACGCGAUCGAGGCAGCGGAAAGCGUUGGAAAGCUACAGACUUCCCAAUCGGUAGUACUUCCCAGCAGUACAAUAGCAUCAGCCAUUGAUGAGAAUCCGACGAGCACCAACGGACCAAUGAUGGAUUACAAUGAUCUGCGUCAACUUUUUCUGAAAUGUUGCUACAAUGAAAUGAAACUGCUACCAUCCGGGACUAUUUCAAAUGCAUCCACUGUGCUGCCAACCGACGUAUCUGCUCCCACAUCCACCACGACUAGUCUGUCGAGCAACUCGCCAGCGAAUCCUUACGAGUUUGACACGGAACCAAGUGCGACUGGCGUGAUCCCAUCAGCUUACCCAUCCGGCAGCCACUACCCGCUAACGAGCCGAUCCUGUCCAAGCUCACCGAACGGGCCCCACUGCCAUGUAUCUCCCGCACUGCCAACGACGGCCCCGUCCGCCUGCUCAACGCCCAUCGGUGAUGGUAGAUUAUCGGCAAAGCACGAUCGAAUCGAGUUAAGCGGUGAUGACGUGCGUCCGAUGGAGGUGUGCAGUGAUGAUGGGGGGGAAGUGGAUGCUGCAAGCCGGGACGAUGAUGUGCUUGAUGAUGAACCGAAAGAUUUUACUAUGAAAACUAUUGGGCUUUUGGAGCGCGCGAGCAAUAGUGGCGGAUGGCCGUCGAGUGAAAAGGCUGACAAACGUGUAGGACCGGCGAAGCAGUACGAGGAUUGUAGCAAAAAGGAGCUAAAGGCUGCCCCGAAAAAGAAAUGGAUACGGCACUAUAUGAAUGAUGAGCCGCUUUCGAAUGGCCACUCCACGGCACCACCGCUGGUCGUGAUCGCAACCAACGGAACCCAGCACCAUUCGAAGCAUUUGACCGUUAACCAUGUGGCGGUACCGAUCAGCACUUCCAACACCUCCCCGAUGACGAUCGACCUCUCCACCAAGGGUCUAAAUCAUCCGCAACAAAACACGCACUAUCAGCAACAACAUGCCACCCCGGUGCAUCCAUCGCACGGUCUCUCGACGACACCUCCCGCCUCAUCUACCCUAUCAUCGCUAUCCUCCUCCUCGUCCUCAUCCUCAUCCUCAUCAUCAUCCUCGUCGUCAUCGUCGUCCUCAUCGUCGACGCUAACCGUAUCACCGAUCGACGACUCUCAAUCGUCGCUAAAUCUCAGCAACGGUGGUUCCACCACGAAUGGGUACAUCGCCAAUCAUAGUGCCAAUAGUAAUGGCCCAACCACCACCACCAGCUCUACCACCGCAGGUAUCGGUGGUACGUCACCAUUGCCACCCGGAUUGACCAGCGUGCUCCCGAUCAACAUUAACAAUGUGCUGCAGGCAACAGCUGCCGUUUCUGUGGGAAGUACGUUGAACGGUACGAGCCCCAUCCUGGGCACGGCCCAUCAUCCUACGGUUCAGCAUUUGCCGUUGGAAUUGCAACAACAGGUGGCAGCGGGACUGUCGGUGGCGGCGAUCAACUCGCAGGGUGCGACCGCUGCCCUGUUUGCCAACAUACCGACGGGCACGCGGCGGAGAACGACCAGUUCCAACAGCAAUGGCGUUGGUACGCGUGAGGUGCACAAUAAGCUGGAAAAAAAUCGGCGGGCCCACCUGAAGGAAUGUUUUGAGCAGCUGAAGAAGCAGCUCAGUCUGCAACCUGACGAGAAAAAGAUCUCCAAUCUGUCCAUUCUGCACGCAGCCAUACGGCAUAUACAGCUGCAAAAGCGCAAAGAGCGUGAGUUUGAGCACGAAAUGGAACGAUUAGCCAAGGAGAAAAUUGCGGCCCAGAAUCGAAUUUUGGUGCUGAAGCGCGAAAUCACACAAAUGGGCGAUAUCGAUGUAUCCCGGCUGGCACCGGACACCGAUAUUACGCCCAAUCCCACCAACGGCGCUGGCAGUCUCGUCAAUCUCGUCAAUCCUGGCAGCAGCGUCCCAUCGGAGCGAGAUCAACAAUCCGAUAUAGGCGUUGUUUCCAAUGUGCCGGGACGUAAUGGCAUUCGUUACAGUUCCAGUAGCUCUCUGUCCAGUAUAGCUACGAAUGCCUCCAUCGGUAGCCUGCCGCUUCAAACGACCAUCUCCCCGGUCCUAUCUGUAUCAUCGCCAACACGUGCCAGCCCGGCACUGAAUCGUAAUUCGACCUCUCCUUCAUCGUCGCUGUCGUCGUCUUCGCCGUCCUCGCUGGCCUCAUCCACGCUAUCGGUUUCGUCUGCAGCGACGAACCUGUUGGCCCCGCUCUCGCUUACCACCAAGGGCACCAGCAGUAUGGAAGCGCACAACGGUAUGGCAAGCAUCGGUGGUCAGCAGCAACCAGCAUCGCUCAAAAUCACGGCGGCCCCACUGAACGGCUUAAAUUUGAGCAGUUCAUCGCUGGCCAUGGUGAACGGUACAAGCAUAAAUGGUACGAACGUCACAUUGAACGGAACAACCACAACGACCGCACCAUUGCCAGUUAUUGUCGGAGCAAAUGGGACGACAAAUAUAGUUGGGAUUGCCCAUUCGCAGCUGCUGGCAGCAACGUCCGCUGCAGGCGGUAACUCACCAGCCAUUCAGACUAUCCCACUGAACCUAAACGUUACAUCCAGCGCGGUGAGCAAUGGAUUGAGCGGUACUGGGCCCACCUCGAUCGCGAUCACCGCGACCGGUAGCUCGGUCGGUGGCGUUAGUGGCGCACUGAGUUUACCCAGCCAGGCUCUGCAGCUUACCAGCAGCAGUGCCAAUGGCAUCAGCAGUAGCAACAAUAGCAUUACUAGUACGGUCGUUGGUACGGUGGCAAGAACGGUGUACAACAGCACCAGCAUUGCCCCGACGCUGCCAACAUCGGCGACGACGACCACGGUGCAUGUGCCUGCCAUAGGUAGCAAAGAACUGAUCAACGGUACGAUCGGCAAGAACGGUACCGUACGGACUGAUAAUAGUAAGCAUGAGAUUAUCGCAACACAAUCACAACCCACCAACCACAGCACGGCCGUUAACGUAACGGCGGCCCUCGACCCACCGGGAACGAAGGUUAUCACCAUCAUGAAUGGUAACACGUUCGCUCUGGCUCCGUUGGAUAAGGACAGUAAGAUGGGCGUUGUGUACAGUCCCAUCUUGUUGCCGACUUCGCAAGGACUCCGCGUGAUACAGCAGGCCUCGAACGGAUUGGCAACGAUCGAGCUUGCACCGCCGAAUGGCGGCAAUCGUCUGCAGCUGCAUUUAACUCACUAA